AUGCAGUACAUUAAUGCUGGAUAUCUCGGUGACGUAGGGUUCCCGUUGAUAUCACAAGUUAUAGCGUACAUUCGAAGAUGCCUUUUGGCUAGACAAUACAGCAGUAGUUACCGCGUUUGGACAACGGACAAGCCCGGAAUCCAUGUACGGCCUUAUACGGCCUUGUACGGCCUUGAUCAUGCCGAGACUUGCAGUAAUAACGCCCUCACCGAGAUUAUCGUAUGCAACAACCAAACCCAAUACUAUCAAUUGCCUGGGCUCCGAACCUGUCUCGUUGACACUGGCGAUAUCGGUAUCGUCUUCUCGGAGUCCUACGAGAAGAGCUCGAAGGGCUGGUUCGACGGCGUUUCCAUCGCUGGCGAGGGCUACACCUGCCUCAAGGACACCGACACCGGAAAGUACUGCGGUGAAGACAUCGAUGGGUUUACCAAGGUUCCUACCAGCGAGGAAAUACCCGAGAACGAGCUCAACUCCUUCUGCCUCGAUGAAUUCCCGAACCUUCUACGUGGUGCCAAACCGAAAAGUGGUACACGAUGGUCGAAGGCAACACCUGCGACUCGACAAGUAGAGGCACAUAUUCCCCCCUUUUCGUUGCUCUACACCGAAACUUUGGAGUCGAUUUCCAACUGCUCCCUCCAUCUCUGCCGGGACCUCGCUAUGUCUCCCGCCGUCAUGCUCGCUGACAUGGGCAACUGGGCUGGUCGAUGA